AUGGUAUUUGUAAAUGAAGAAUUCUGGAAAGAAUUUAUUGGCAUUUACGAAAGCUUACUUUCGUUGUGGAAAAUUAAAGACAAUGAUUAUCAUAAUAGAAGUUUAAAAGCUGAAAGCUACAAAGUUUUAGUGGAGAAAUUAAAAGAAAUUUACCCUGACGCGAACAUUGAAAUGGUAAAAAAAAAAAUUAAUACUUUGCGAAGUGGUUAUCGGAGAGAAUUGAAGAAAAUUGUACAAAGCGAGAGGUCUGGUGCAGGUGUUAGUGAUGUAUAUACGUCAUCCCUCUGGCAUUUCGACGAUUUAGGAUUUCUUAAAGAUCAAGAGUCAGAAAUUACAGGAGUGACGUCAAUGGAAGAACCGUUAAACGGAAGUGUGAUAGAGGAACAGCCGGCUCACAAACGUCGAAUACGUACAGAUAGUGAAAGGACUACAUUGUUAAAUGACGCAAUAGAGAGCUUAAAAACAAGCCAACAGCAAGACGAUGCGACUAAUCUAAGUAUCGGUUGGGCAACACAAUUUCGAAAGUUGAAUUCCAACCAACAAAUAUAUGCAAAUAAAAUGAUAAAUGAAGUACUCUACCAGGCAACUUUAGAAAAUUUGGAUUUAUACUCUUACAAAGUUGUAGAGGGUAUAUCAGCUCGCGGAACGACACAUCACUUGUCACAAUCAUUUUCGCCAAACUAUGCGUCUUCUUCAAGUAAUGGUCCUUCACCUCCUUUUUUUUACAAUUCACAAAGCCAUGCAUCAACAUCAAACAUCUAUAUUCCAGCUAUAUCUCCUGUUCACCCAUUGCCAUAUGUUGGUGUAGAAGAACAACAGCAGUACGGAAGCAUUGAAGAUAUCGUGAUAGAUGAGGAAUUUUCUUAA